ACCUUACUGGAAAGAUGAAACCUGACGAAACACCUAUGUUUGACCCAAGUCUACUCAGAGAAGUGGAUUGGAGCCAGAAUACAGCUACGUUUUCUCCAGCCAUUUCUCCAACACAUCCUGGAGAAGGCUUGGUUUUGAGGCCCCUUUGUACUGCUGACUUAAACAGAGGUUUUUUUAAGGUACUGGGUCAGCUGACAGAGACUGGAGUUGUCAACCCAGAACAGUUUAUGAAAUCUUUUGAACAUAUGAAGAAAUCUGGGGAUUAUUAUGUUAUAGUUGUGGAAGAUCUGACCCUAGGACAGAUUGUUGCUACAGCAACUCUGAUAAUCGAACAUAAAUUCAUCCAUUCCUGUGCUAAGAGAGGAAGAGUAGAAGAUGUUGUUGUUAGUGAUGAAUGCAGAGGAAAGCAGCUUGGCAAAUUGUUAUUGUCAACCCUUACUUUGCUAAGCAAGAAACUGAACUGUUACAAGAUUACUCUUGAAUGUCUGCCACAAAAUGUUGCUUUUUAUAAAAAGUUUGGAUAUACUGUUUCUGAAGAAAACUACAUGUGCCGGAGGUUUCUAAACUAAAACUCUUAAGAAAAUUGUAAAGGAGCUGAUGUUGCUGCAACCCAGUGGCCUCCGUCAAUAUUGAACUGAAAAAUACAUUAUAAUAUGCUAAGUUUAAUGAUAUUUAGAUUACCUUGGGCUGGUGGGCCAUGCUGUGAGUUUAGAUUACUAAUAAAUAUUAUAAAGGGGAUGAUUUUUAACCAAAUGAAUAUAUUUUUAACUUGAAUCUUUUCUUGCCUUGUAUUUUUCUAAAGUUUGGCUUAAAUUCUUGGUAGUGAAGAGUCUGAGUAGUAAGGAGCUGCGCUGCUCAUUUUUUAAAAAUUGAGUAAGGCUGUUUCUUAUCACAUUCCUAAGUAUUUGUUUCAGAGACAUUAUAUAUACUUGGUGUCAUUUCUCACAUUAUAUGAAGUUUAAUCCAACAUUUCAUCUAAUGUUUGUUGAUCUAGUAUCGGCAGACUUGAUCAGCCUUUUAAAGAAAUGAAAGAUAGGAUCCAGAGUAAAAUAGAUGUUUUACUUAAAAGUUUAUAUAGUUCUACAUGAAGUACUACCUAUAUUAUCUGUGAAAUAUUAUUCAUUUGUUAGAAUUACUGAAAGGCCAAUAUAAAGAUCAAAACUAAGGUAUUUUAGCAACUCUUGCGAUAUUUACUUUUACCUUCUUUUUUUGUGUGUAUGGGUACUGAAGCCUGCCUUUUGGUUAAUGUUUUUGUGAAACAUAGCAUAUUACAAAAUUGUGGGGAAUAUUUUUAAAUGUUUGGCACUGUAUUGGUCAAUAUCCUGAAAAUGUUCAUGGUAACUUCUAUUUAAUGUGAUUAUAAUGGUCCUAUUUUUCUGUUCAAUUUUAUUUAUUUUAAUUAUUUUUUAAAGUUGAAUAUACUUUAUUAAUGGUUCUAAUCUUUUGCAUUCCAUGUUACAUUAAACCAUGUUAUUCAUGAGAAUAACUUUUCUGUUAAAAUCUUGCCUAUGCUUUGAGUCCCCAAUUGAAGUCUCAGUUCACAUCUUAGUUUUGUGUACUCUUUGUAAAAUAAACUUGGAAAGGGAGAACCAGCAACUUCUCCUCUCU